AUGGACACAUCCUUAGCCACAGCGGUGCCAGAUACCGUGCAGGUGGCGGUAAGGAUCCGGCCCCUCUCGCAACGUGAACUGGCAAAAGGAUACGAGAACGUGAUUGUCCAACCGAACCCGCCCGAACCACGUCUGAUAGCGCGGGGCCAAGAGGAGUUCACCUUCACCGAGGUGUUCGGACCCGAAGUGGACCAGCUCGAGGUGUACGAGCGGUCCGUGAAGGCUAUCGUGCUAAAGUUGCUCGAUGGUUUUAACGUGUCCAUUUUAGCUUACGGCCAGACGGGGUCUGGGAAAACCUAUACCAUCGGAACGUCUUUCACCGGGUCCCGAUUGACGGGCAAUGUGGGCAUUCUGCCGCGAGCACUUCUGGACAUCUUCUCUAUGGUUAACGGCGAACAAGGGAAAGCGGUAACAGAUGGGACACGCUACCGGGUGUGCUGUUCCUUCAUGGAACUGUACCAAGAUCACGUUUACGACCUGCUAUCCCAUCGACAACGGUACGAGCGGUUGCUAGGUAUCCGGGAGGAUGUCAGCGGAGGAGUGUUUGUAAAAGGUUUAACCGAGCUAAACGUCUCUAGUGCGGAAGAAGCAUUGCGUUGGUUGGGGCACGGUGCUGGAAGUCGUGCAACGGCCCCGACCAGCAUGAACAAGGAAUCAAACAGAAGUCACACUAUCUUUACGGUUAUCGUGCGAUCAUCUGCUGGUAGUUCCGACGAAAGAGUGACCAUAUCGAAGCUGCACUUUGUCGAUUUGGCAGGCUCUGAACGGGCAAAGAAGUCGCGCGCCUGUGGGGACCGCUUACGAGAAUGUAUUCAAAUAAACAAGGGUCUGCUGGCGCUAGGGAACGUCAUUUCAGCUCUUGCAAGCCAUACGAAAAACAGCCGCAACACCGUAUACGUCUCGUAUCGCGACUCGAAACUCACCCGCCUGCUGCAGAACUCGCUCGGUGGGAACUCGAUUACGCUCAUGCUAGCCUGCGUUUCACCCGCAUGCUAUAACCUCGAGGAAACACUUAGCACGCUCCGGUACGCCGACCGCGCCCUGGCCAUCCGCAAUAAACCAACGAAAAGCUCACCCAGCCCUUCACUGGAGAGUGGUUCCAGCUCCGGGACGGAUGCACUGGAACGGCUAACGAAAACCGUGUCCCGCUUGCGCGUCGAAAACGAGAAGCUGCGCCAGCGAAUCUCAGCCGAGUUGCGACCAAACUUCGGGGUGACGGCGAAUGCCACCGGUAAGCAUUUGAUUGCCCAAAACCGCCUUCUGCACGGUCAACUCAAGGCGUCCUUCGAGGAAUCGACCCGAAACGAACUGCGGGCGUCCAUCGCGGAAAAUGCACUAGGCCGGCUGGAACCACUCGUGAUCACCGAGACGAUCGACCCGGCACUAGAAAUACCGGAUAGCGAGCAGAAGUCCGCGGAAGAGUUACGCCGAAAGUGCCUGGAGGUGCUGCUACGCUACCGCACGGAGUACGAGGCCCUCCGUCAACGUCCAACGGCCCAACAGCGAUUCACGAUCUAA